AUGGAUGUAGACUCUACGGGUACAAAGGACCCGCCACCCGCAACGACCCCGAGCCUCAAGAGACCCCAGGAGGAAGUGCUCGAGGAGGUGAACGGCGCAUCCAAACGCCAAAGGCCUGACGAUCCUAAGGCGGUUGAAGUGGAUCAAGGUGAGGGCGAGGGCGAGGGGGGCGGUGAAGCGGCAGAGGCGAGUACCCAAGGUGCGAAGGGUAAGGAGAAGGGAAAGGGGAAGAAAGAUGGCGGCAGGAACAAAAGACAACGGGGCAAGAAGGGCGAGGAGACUGCCUAUGAGCGGACCAGGAGAAGAGGGACUCGGCCGGAAGGCGAAGCGGCCCCUACGACAGAGGAUGGCGAGCCGAAAGCACCUCGUCUGCCAAAACGGCAGUGCGCGCUGCUCAUUGGGUUCUGCGGGGACGGAUAUAAUGGAAUGCAAAUACAACCGGACCCGAAGCUACGCACCAUCGAGGGUGUGCUCUUCGAUGCACUCAUAAAGGUCGGAGCUGUUUCAAAAGACAACUCAGACAACCCAACGAAGGUAAAGCUCGGGAGGGCUGCGCGCACAGACGCGGGCGUGCACGCUGCGGGCAAUGUCGUGUCUAUGAAACUCAUUAAUGUCAUUCCUGGCGUCCCCGACUUGGUCGCGAGGAUCAACGAGGAGCUUCCGCCCGAGAUCCGUUUAUGGAGCAUCCUCCGGGUUCAGAACUCGUUCAACGCGCGAACGACAUGCGACAGCCGCAAGUACACCUACUUCUUCCCGUCAUACCUCAUGAUCCCUCCAAAACCUGGCAGCGGCCUCUACAACACUCUCAAAUCACAGGGUGCGGAGCCCCCUGCGCAUCCAUUCUGGGAUCGGGUGGACGCCGAACAGCAGGCAAGCCCGCAGGAUGACCUCCGGAGAAAACGCGCGUAUCGGAUCGCGCCUGAACAGCUCGCAUCUCUUAGGGAGGCCGCGACGAAGUUUGAGGGAUCGCACAACUUCCACAACUUCACCGUUGGGAGAGAUUUCAGGGAUAGAAGCUGUCAGCGAUUCUUGAGAUCUAUUGAGAUUCUUGAUCCUGCGGUAUACGGAGAUACUGAAUGGAUAGCAGUUCUUCUACACGGGCAGAGUUUUAUGCUGCACCAACGCAAAAUGAUCUCCGCCCUCGUACUAUCGUGUCGAACGGGCACUCCGCCACAUCUCAUCGAAGAGAUGUAUGGGCCACGCCAGGUGUUCAUACCUAAAAUGCCCGCACUGGGUCUCUUGCUCGAAUACCCGAUCUUUGAGAGCUACAGCAAGCGUGUCGCGAGCGUGAACGAAAAGCUCCGGCCCGACGACCCCGAGUACCGUCCCUCGAUCGAUUUCGAGGCCCACCGAGAGCAGCUAGACGAGUUCAAGCAGAACCAUAUCUACUCGAAGAUGCGUUCGAUAGAGGAUCAGUUCGGAAUCUUUGAUGGCUGGAUCCGGUCCAUCGACGCAUACGCAGGCCACGAUCUUGAGUACCUGAACGCGAAGGGCGUCAUACCUGCGUCGGCGGUGAUCAAGCGCGGCGAGUACCGCCACAACCCGUUCCGGGAGAAGAAGCGCUUCGACGCGACGUCGUUCCCGGCGGGCAGCACAGGUGCGAACGCCGCGUCCGUUGAAGACGAGGAGGGUUCGGAGGAGGAGGAAGCGCUACCGCUCGACAAGGAGGAGCUUGCUGAUCUGGAAGGGUAA